AUGGAAUCACUCCAAACAACUUGUAUACCAGUGCUGGUAAAUCUUAUUGAAGAAUCGAAAUUCAAAGGCUAUGCAGAACUAAUCGAUGGCUUGCCAAGCGGUGAAAAGUAUAAAUAUCAAAUUCCUCCGGAGCCGAGCAAUAGAAUCUUUGAGAUUCUUACCAAGGGACCUCUUCGAUUCUCAUCUGAGACAGCGAACGAGAUUUCGAAAGUUUUCAACGUGACGAAAGUGACACUGACAUCUCCAAUUGUUAAUGAUGCUUCCAUUGAUCUUCUGCGAUCGUUCAAUUUGGUAGAGCUUAAGUUAUUGAAUCUGAAGGAAGAGAAUACAAGGGAACGCAGUUGCCGAUAUUCCCAGCGUGCUAAGAAAUCUUUCUUCGACAUCAUCGCUGCUCUUGACUCGAUUUUGAAUUCAAAAAGCUGCAAAAGCUUACGCGUUUUGAAAAUCGAUGGAGAUCAAACAGAAUUUAACAGGGAUUGGAUUGACCAGAUAGCAAACGUGCUCGGCCCAGUUCUCCAACAACUCAACAUCAGCUCUUGUACUUUACCUCCGAAUCCAUUCAGAACGGUCUUCAAUCGCUUUCCGAACCUCACCGAACUUGAUGUGUCUUAUUCAAACUUCUCAUCGAUUCAGGGAUUAUUUCGAUUGAAAAAUCUGGAGAAACUGUCGCUUGCUGGCAUACCACUAGGCAACCAAGAUAUGAGGGAACUCUUCAAACUGAGAAAAGGGCAAUUCUUAAAUCUGUCCGACAUCAAUAGGGGUCCCAGUAUACGUUCCGUCGAAUAUUCGUUUCAAGAAGAGUCACCUCUUCCCGAGUUGAAAUUUUUGGACAUUUCGGGAAUUGGACACGAUUUAGAGAUGGCUCAAAUAGGGAGAUUGGUUGAAGUUUAUCCGAAGUUGGAAACAAUUGGAUUGCUUGAUUACCACUUCUACGACAAUAUUGCGAUCCCAGGUGUCAAACUGCUUCAGAAUGGUACUCUCGAGCAAUGUUGUGACUCUAUCGACUAUUACCUGAAUAACUGGGGAUUCCAAAAUGAAACUAUCGCCAGGAUAAUCGAUAGAAUGGAAGAGGAGAUCAGAUGGGCAGAUGAUGAUCCUUUUCCUGAAGCAGUGAUGGUCCAAUGUCUAGGAAAAAUAAUUGAACUCAUAGAUCAUGGAGCGACAUUCAAAGACAUUGAAGAGCCACUUGAUACCUUGCCACAGUUUUUCAGCGAAUGCUAUCUUCAAGGAAUCACCCCUUCUCAACGCCUGUCUCUAGCCAGAUAUCUAUUGGCACAGCAACCACGUGAUAAAUGGACUUGGGAUUAUUCCAGUCUGUUCCAGCGAUGCUUCACUAGCGAAGCCUUUCUUGCCACACCUCAUAUCAAUUACAGUAUGGUCUGUAACAAAACGAUUGAUUACGUUUUUCAAGAAGUCUCAAAGGGAGACUACGAUAGACGAGAGGCCCAUCGAAUGAGAGACUCCUAUAGACAGUAUGCCCUUCAAAGGGGAUCAUCGAUAUUAAGCAAAUGUUUGUGCAAGAUGUCUAGAAAUGAUGAGACUUUUCGACAGAAGAGAUUCGAUUGCCUCUUUAACUACCUGAUGACUAGCUCUGACGACUAUUCUCGUCUAGACGUUGUAACCAUCCUUGUUCAUCUCUUCUCAUUCUCCACUAAUCAAAGCAUGACUGAAGAUGAAAAAUCCAAUCUGACGACUGAAAUCAUGUAUUGCAUUCACGGAUACAGACGAGAUAGUUCCAAUCACAUUCGGAAUUUUCAGCGUUUUAUGCAAACAAAUUGCACGUCAUCUGAAGUAAAGAAUUGGAUUGAUCGAGUCAUGAGGAUGUGA